CCCAGCGCGCAAAAGUUCUGGGAUAUGAAGGGACCAGUAUUGCUGGGAGGUCGUGCGGAUUGCGGCCAAUACUGGCAUAGGCAUCUUAAAUGAACGAUACUCUGACAUUUUGACAAACCUGGCAUUUGACGGCCAUCAAGGAGCGACGUGGUCGGUUCUUACAAACUACAUUGCAUUACUUCAAAUAUGGCUUGAGGAGGUGAAAGAAUCGCCAAAGCUGUGGGAUGACAUGGAAGCCGAUUGGAUUGUAGAAGAAAUUGAGAGUCGAGGUUUACUUUUCCUCUGUUCGCAAGUUCCUUCUGUCCGAAAGCAAGCUAUCCGGAUCCUCCAAUUCGCUGACCAAUUUGAGAGGGCGUUGAAAGGGCGCCCGAUGGAUGAUUUGGAGGAGCAAUUUCCUGGUUUAACAAAAGCUGAGGCUCGACGCCAGACUCUCCGUCGGCAGUCUCGCAAUGACUUGCGCAGGCAGUACACAUUGCAGCGCAACGUUUACAACGCACAGAUGGACGUCGGACGGAGCCGCAUUGGACGCAUCAUGGAAGAAUGCGGGCCAGACCUCGUGCGAAGACACUAUCAUGAUCCCGUAUUGGCUGCAUCUACGCGUAGCGAACAUCAAAAACUACAACAACAGCAAAGGCAGCAACAGUACCUCAAUGUCGUCUCUGCUAAAGAUACCCUCAUUCAUAUUGCCGGUUCUGACGUUCAGCAGGAUGCGAUUAUAUGGAACCGGUGUUUCCCCGAUCUGAUAAAAUGGUGCUUUCAAUAUGCGAGCCCGAGGACGCUGCAGCUGUGUUUGCGCGAUGUAUGCUCAAGAUUACUUGUAAUGCAGGCUAGCAUUGUUUCAGCUGCCGAACAAACCGGCGGAGCGGGAAAAGUUAGUACAGGAACAGUGAAAUGGGCCAAUGACCGUACGGGCUUUGGUGGCAGUGGAACCAACAAAGGGCUAACGGGCACUGUGCUCAGUCUGACAGAUGAGAUGGUGGAUCAAUGGAAAGUCUACAUGGUCUUUGCGUGUGCCAGCAUUGAGAUUACCCGCGCGACUGCUGAGACGAGCGCGGGGCACGGCGUGGUUGGAGUGAGCGGGUCAUUUUUGGAGCGAGAUCGAACGGAUCCUUUUUCGAUGGAGCCAGGUGCUCCACAGAGGCUUCUUUCCAAAGCUACUGGAAGUGCACAGCCCAUUGCCUCCGCCCACCAACUCUUUCAAAUGGUGUUUCCACUUCUCUCCAGUGAACGCUCCUCAAUUCGACAAGCGGCCGUGACCUCACUCGGCGCGAUUCAUUGGCUCAGUUAUCAGACUUUUCUGGAAGACGUCCAAUCUUAUAUGAAAUCGGUGGUGGAUGACCUGAGGGCAAAAGCUGCUAUGGGUAAGGGUGAAAACAAGGACAGUGGUCGCAAGGCCGGAUCUAGUCAGGCGCUUGCGCAAACAGCACAAACCAAACGUUUCGAACGCGUACGCAUGGAACUCACCCACGUUCUCUCGCUUGUUGCGGAUUUUGUGGACCACGUCCAAUACCGCCGAAAUGACUCUCUUAUGACUGGUGUCAUCACAUAUAUUCGCGAAAUGGCCCGAUUCCUCUCUGACGCGGAUGUUCAAUUGGAGUGGGACCAUCAGAUGCUGCGUUACUAUUACAGUGGCUUCAUCGAGCGAUUUUACGACCAUCUCGUGGCAGCUGUUGACAGUUCAGAUGACGGAACAAAUUUCAGCAGAGAGUCGGAAAAUAUGGAACGGUAUAUGCCUUACGAUCUACGGCUGGGAUUAUUCCGUCUCUUUGAACAAUGGUGUGGUUACGGGCAAUAUCGUGGAAGAACCCGUGAAAGAGAAGCAAAAAUGAUGCUUUCCGUGCUUGAUCAGGUGAAGGAUAUCCGGGAAAGAGGCGCAUUGACCUCAACAAUGGAGGAACAGCGAAAGGCGCUGGAAACUGCUUCCCUCAAAGCGAUGGCUGCGUUAUGCAAAGGACCUAUUGUCAAUCCACGCGAUUCUGCUGUAGGAUUCGAGUUCAAAGCACUCGUUUCGUGGAUUGACUCUAUCUUCGCGUCACCAGAUGAAAAGUUCCAUGUCAUUGCGCGAGCAGCUCUGGAAGCUCUCCUUACGCACAAUCGAAAAAACGAACAGCUUUUAAGCGAUGUCGUACGGCAAUGCUACAUCGGGGAUGUUCACAGCAAUGUAACUGUCGGGUAUUUCAUGGCACUUGUGGAUAUUUUCGUUCGGGAGGAGGCGUAUCCUUGCGCACCUUCCCGAAUGUGUGCACUUGCCCUUUACAAAGCCGGUGAUCCGAACCUUCACAUACGACGUGGAUCCGUUCGCCUGCUGCGCGCAAUAGAAAAUCGUUUCUGGGGCGACAAGACGAAUAAAGCCAAGUAUGGCGUUGUGCGCAACCUGGUGAAGGAGUUCUUCGGUCCUCCUCCACAACUGUCAGAUCUCGAUGCCCAUAUGCUGGAGCAUCGAUUGGAUCCAGAUGGAAACGAUGGUUGGGAUGACGAAGCUGCCAUCAUGGCUGCGAUGGCUUUGAUUGACGAAGAGCAUGCUACGUAUGAAGCCGCUGCCAUUGCCAGCUCUUUACCGAUUGUGUAUAAAUAUGCACAGGCAAUGGUGUCCGCCAGACUGGCGAGCGAGCGAGGUGAAAUGACUCACGAGAUGCUAUCGGAAAUGGUUUUGAUCUCUGAGCUGGUAGCAAACGGAAAUGGGCAAAAAUCAGGAAACCCUCAUGGAGUACGGGAUAUCCUUAUCUUCAUGGUUCCUUGGGUUCGAAAUGUCGAGUUGGCACCGAUCCCUACCGACGGAGCUCUUAGGGGCACUUCCGAAAUCGUGAUGACCAACCUAUUCUAUUUGACCGUGAAGUAUGGUGACGAAUAUGUCACGGAGAUUGAAAACCUGUGGGCGCAGCUUGUUGAGCCAGUCACGGAAUCAAACGAGGGUAACGAUGGUGAUCGUGAGGCCGGUGCGGAAGAUUUGCGAUCCCAAUCCCGUGAUGGCGCAGAUUCGGAAGCAUAUGCUAUCAUUGAGCGUCACGUUAGUACAGCCGUUGAGUACUUGCUCAAUGUCGGCGUGCAAAAACGCAACCCCAAUUUUGUUCGGCAUGCGAAGAAGGUUAUGGUGUACCUGGCAAGAACUCUGGCGUGCGCACAGCUGGUUGACGCCCUCGUCGAGCGCAUUACUCCGCAAAGUCUGGUGCCAAGCGGGAUAUCGGGUGAUACAUCUACGCCGGCGAUUGAAAUGACCAAAACGAAACACCUUCCACGUCCACCUCUGUACAUGGCUGACUUGGAGCAAGUAUUGAUAGAUAUGCCGAAGCGGCCUGCCUUUUCCAAGGGGCAGCUUGCAUGUGUUCUCCUUGUGGACCUAGCUGUGGAAGUUGGAGCAGCCCUGAGGCCACACCUACCACUUUUGUUGCACAUCAUUUUUGUUCAACUCGAUCACUUCAUUACCCUUAUAUGUGAGCAAAACCGGCUGCUGCUCAUCAACCUCAUCCAGUCAAUCGUCCCACGUGAUGUUGCUGGUGAACAUAUCGAUACAGUCCACGCUGCUCUCAGCUUGAAAGAAGGAAAGCGGCUCUGGCCUUACGAGGAUAUCACGCCGAAAAAUCACGAUAUCGAAUCUGAACAUCAGCUUGGUGCAUUGGUCGUCGAUGUUCUGGAUCUUCUGUCGGUGGUUGACUGUGAUCUUGUCCAAUCUUGGGGCGAGACUGCUCUCGCGUGGGCGACGAGUUGUCCUGUUCGACAUGUUGCGUGUCGUUCACUUCAAAUUUUCCGAACUCUAAUGCCAGCCUUCAGUCAAAGGAUGCUCGGGGAACUCUUGCAACGGUUGGCAAAUACGUUGGCGGAUCCCACGGAGGAGAUACAGGGGUUUGCCCUGGAGAACAUCAUGACGCUUACGGCAAUGAUUGACAGUCUUGAUGGGUAUCGAUUGAUACUGUUUCCUCAAUUUUUCUGGGCCGCAGUAGCAUGCAUUCAUUCGCCCCACGAGUGGGAAUACUUGGAAGGCGUCAGGCUGUUGGAGAAGAUUCUCAAAAAACUGAACCUAGAUGAUCCUAGUUGUCGCAAUAUUCUGCUCAUCAACCUACCAACGAAAUGGAGAGGACAAUUUACGGGUUUGCAGUCGCUACUGUUGCGGGGGCUUUCGUCUUCCGUUACAGAACAGUCAUCACUGCGACUAAUCAAUUCGCUCGUGUUUCUGGAUGACGGGUCUCUGGUCGACACGUCCAACACCCGAGUCCUGUUUACUCUUUUAGCGAACCUUCCUCGCUGGAUGCAAACUUUUGAGGCCGACCCGAGUGCGGAGGGCGGAAAGGCGGCAGGAGCGACUAUAGAGGAAUGCACAGCUGUGGCUGCCGCCAUUUCAGAGUUUGUUGGGAAGAAAGGACACGCUGGUAUUGCCCGGUUGAUGUCUUCUUACGCCAAGCAACGAUUCAGGAGCAAAGAAGAUUUCCUGAGGCAGUUCCUAUCCUUGAUCAAGGACGCCUUCUUUCCUACUCAUGAGGUGGAUGCCCUUCAAUUUCUCAUGGGGUUAUUAUCCAAUUCCCACCGAUUUUACCGACGACGUGUCCUGGCCAUUAUCAAGUUUAUGUUGCCUACGCUGGACUCUUGCAGGCCGGCAUUUGGUGGUGGCGGUCAACCGCUACUGGCCCUAAACAGCCUUGAUGAGGAGCUGAUUGCACCUCUUCUGACAAUAUUGCAAACGGAUCUGGCUAUAGAAGCAUUGGAAGUGCUGGAUGAAGCGCUUUCGGGGACGAUAGCCAUCGGGGAGUCGAACCUUCGGUUGGUGUUUGGUGGGAAAAGCAUCUACAAAAUUGCCCGUGAAGGCGGCGCGCAGGUAGAUGCCUUACCGGCAAUGUUGGCGAGUCCAGCGAUUAACAACACCACCGAAACUGUUGAAGACAGUGGCUGGCGUGUAAAGGACUUCAACGCCACUGCACGGGUGGCCCGAUACAAUAUGACCGGGGUUGCGUCGACUUGUGGAGGUGCGCACGACCUUGCCGGCUUAGGGAGAAAAACCAGUUACAGUGGAGGUGUCGCGGAUCGAGACAGUGGACGGGGCGUCCGACCUAGUCCGACCAGCAAUAUUUUGGUAGGAGGCAGUACCAGAGAACGACGUGGAUCCCAGCCAGACAAGAUAUUGAAUGACCAAAGCGCAAGCGGAAAACUGGAGCUAUGGGCAUUGGAUGACGUGAAUGGAAAUUUACUGGACACAUUGAACGACCUUAAUGCUUUCUUUGGCCAGGACGACAAUUUUGAGCAGGACUUUGAGGAAUCAGGAGUGAUAGCUGGCUCACAGUCGCAGCGAAAUAGCGCGGGAUUUGAUGGGGAGAGCAUUUCGGGAAUAUUUACUAGCUCCAAUAGUUCAUUAUCGACCGAAACUGUUACUGGUGAAACGGUGGCUAAAAGCCGUAAAGUGUCGCUGAGUUCCCUGCAUAGCGAGGUCUCCUAUUCUGCAGAAUCACUGGGGCCAGCGCUCACUCGAGAUACCUCCAUGUCAUCUUUAUUUGUAAAUGGUAUACUUGGAGACUAUGACCCUUUUGGAAACGGACAUGAUGAGGACGACGACGACGAGGUCAGUACUGAGACAAGUGUAGAUGGGCGGAGACAUGGACGCUCUAUGGGCCAUGGUCGCUCGGCUUCUGCUGCACUUGCGCCAUUGCCAGAUACUAGUAUACCGGGCUCGACAAUGACAACACCUGCACGAAGGCUUCUUUCCCAACAUGGCGCAUUAGCGUUCGUGACGUUCCGGAUCCAGACGCGGUAUGAGCAGCUGGUGCAAGAUGCUGAGUUUGGUCAUUGGUUACGUGCGGAUUUGGCGGGGGUUCUCAGGGUGGACAGCGAACGGGUGGUUCUUGAGAGAGUGGAAGCUGAGGUUGGAGCAAACGGGGGCGUUUUGGUAACUGCCGCCGUGAAAGGCGAGGAAGAGGGUGGUGGUGGUAUUGAGAGUGCUGCGUAUGCCGAAGAGCUGGCUGCCUUGAUUGUUGGAGGUGAAGAAGAGGGCGAUGAAGGCAAAGCCUUGUAUCAAGGAGUGGUCACAUACAACGUAGAUAAGACAUGGAUACCAGAGAUCCUCAUCGGAUUUAUGGGAAUCACAGUUCCAUAUCUGCCCGAGGGUUUGCGGUAUGAACUCCCUUACCGCCAACAACAUCGCCGAGAUCUCAAGCUACAGUCUUUACCAUCGUCACCCAUACCGAACCCUCAUCCAUUAACACCACCUCUGGAACCGACCCGUACUCAGCCCUCCCUGGAACAAAACCAACGCACAGUCCUCACCGCAGAGACAGCCAUAGAAGUCUUUCGAAUUUUCCCUGCGUCAUUUGAGUUGGUUGUUCAGCUACUGGAAGACUGGCUAGGAUUCGCUGGGGAUUUAUUGAGCAGCGGAGUGAGAAGUAAGGAGAUCGAACGGCUCGCGGCGAUGGUGGGCGGAAUGCGGAAUGUAGAGGAUGGAAAUGUUUACAAGCCACCAUUGGUUGGGGAUGGUGAGGAUGGAGAACAGGCUUUGGAAGGUGUUGCAGAGAGACUUUUGGCUUAUCAGCAGGUGGACCCAGACUACCUACAGGCCUUCCUCGACGCGCGGCAGCGUCAUGUGACAGUCAUGAAUUCGCAAGUGUCUGGCUACCUUUCCCGCCGACACGCCAUGAGCGAACUUGGCGACAUGAGCAACGCGGUGGAACGGGAACGGGUAGUGGGCGAGGCUAUGGAACUGGCAAGUCAAGUGGUGAAAUUGUAUUUGGAGGUAUUGCAAUUGGAGGGACUUUUGGAACGAUUUUUGGGUGUCGGACAGGAACGGCGCACACGCGAAAUGGCUGUUGCACGGGAGUGUUGUGAGGUUUGCGUGACCAUACGGACUGCAUAAGAGUUUUCAAAAGGACUUUAUCUUUCACUUUCCAUCGAAUGGAUCCCAAAAACAAACUUGUGUGGACAUUGGAGCGAUACUGUACAGUUCUUUUUUUAUUGUUAUUCGGAAAUGUUAGUUGUGGGGUGUUGAUGGUGUUGAUGGGCGUGUGUUUGGAGGGAAAGUUUGUACAUUGUAUUUUUUCAUGUGUUUUUUAAUAUACUUUGUAAUUUACAAGAAGCAGUAAAGGAAA